GCUUCCGCUCGAAUCAGCCAAUCAGAGCCGAGUGAGCCGCAGCUUAUAAGCCCAUCUGCUGUCGAUCCUUUCGCCCUGACCGUCCCUGCUGUCCUGUGUGCCGCUGACUCAAACUGCGAGCCCCUGAUCUACCGCAACCGUGAAGAUGGCGACCCGGGUCGUAAUAUUUUUCAAGACCAUGCAAGCGGCACGAUGCCCGACAGACGAGCUGUCGCUGACUAACUGUGCCGUGGUGAGUGAGAAGGAUCUGCAGUCAGGACAACAUGUGAGUGUGAAGACCACACCCAACCACAAGUAUGUGUUUACAGUCAAGACCCACCACACUGUGGCUGCAGGAAGCAUCGCCUUCAGCCUGCCACAGAGGAAAUGGGCUGGUCUCUCCAUAGGUCAGGAGGUGGAAGUGGCCAACUACAAUUUUGACAAGUCCAAGCAGUGCAUUGGCGCCAUGACAAUCGAAAUCGACUUCUUGCAGAAGAAGAGUACUGACUCCUCUCCCUACGACUCAGACAAGAUGGCCGCCGAGUUCAUCCAGCAGUUCAACAACCAGGCCUUCUCUGUCACCCAGCAGCUAGUGUUUAGUUUCUGUGACAAGCUGUUUGGCUUGGUGGUAAAGGAUAUUGAGGCCAUGGAUGCCAGCAUCCUCAAAGGAGAACCAGCGUCUGGAAAGAAACAGCAAAAGAUCGACGUUGGUCUGAUGGUGGGCAACAGCCAGGUGAUUUUUGAGAAGGCUGAGAAUUCAUCCCUCACACUAGUCGGCAAGGCAAAGACCAAGGAGGCACGACAGACAAUCAUCAACCCAGACUGGAACUUUGAAAAGAUGGGAAUUGGUGGUCUGGACAAGGAAUUCUCAGACAUUUUCCGCAGAGCCUUUGCCUCCCGAGUCUUUCCCCCUGACAUUGUGGAGCAGAUGGGCUGCAAGCACGUGAAGGGCAUCUUGCUGUUUGGACCACCAGGAUGUGGCAAAACGCUGAUGGCCAGGCAGAUUGGCAAGAUGCUCAACGCCCGCGAGCCGAAGGUCGUCAACGGCCCAGAGAUCCUGAACAAGUACGUGGGAGAGUCUGAGGCUAACAUCCGCAAACUGUUCGCCGAGGCUGAGGAGGAACAGAAGAGGCUGGGCGCUAACAGUGGCCUUCACAUCAUUAUCUUUGACGAGCUGGACGCCAUCUGCAAGCAGAGAGGAACGGGCGCCAGCAGCACAGGCGUGCACGACACUGUUGUCAACCAGCUUCUGUCCAAGAUUGACGGCGUGGAGCAGCUUAACAACAUCUUGGUCAUUGGUAUGACCAACAGGCCUGACUUGAUAGAUGACGCCCUGAUGAGACCCGGCAGGUUUGAGGUGAAAAUGGAAAUCGGUCUUCCUGAUGAAAAGGGACGCGUCCAGAUCCUAAACAUCCACACCAACAAGAUGCGAAGCUUCAACCUUCUCGCUUCUGACGUCAACGUCAAGGAACUGGCAGCAGAAACUAAGAACUACAGCGGUGCAGAGCUGGAGGGUCUGGUCAGGGCUGCGCAGUCAACCGCCAUGAACCGGCACAUCAAGGCUACCUCUACAGUUGAGGUGGACAUGGAAAGGGCAGAGAAGCUGCAGGUCACCAGAGAUGACUUCAUGGGAUCCCUCAACAAUGACAUCAAACCAGCAUUUGGUACCAACCAGGAGGACUACUCCAGCUACAUCAUGAAUGGCAUCAUCAAAUGGGGCGACCCAGUCACUCAUGUUCUGGAUGAUGGAGAGCUGCUGGUACAGCAGACCAAGAACAGUGAUCGCACACCACUUGUUGCUGUUUUACUGGAGGGCCCACCCCACAGUGGAAAGACAGCCCUGGCAGCUAAGAUUGCAGAGGACUCACAGUUCCCCUUCAUUAAGAUUUGCUCUCCAGACAAGAUGAUUGGACACUCAGAGAUCUCCAAGUGCCAGGCAAUCAAAAAGGUCUUUGAUGAUGCUUAUAAGUCUCAGCUGAGCUGUGUUGUGGUGGAUGACAUUGAGCGUUUGCUGGACUAUGUGCCCAUCGGUCCACGUUUCUCAAAUCUGGUCCUUCAAGCUCUGCUGGUGCUACUCAAGAAAGCUCCACCCAAGGGCCGGAAGCUGCUCAUCAUCGGCACCACCAGCAGGAAGGACGUCCUACAGGAGAUGGAGAUGUUAGAUGCUUUUAGCACCACCAUCCAUAUCCCCAACAUCUCUACUGGGGACCAGCUAAUCGAUGCCUUGGAGCUACUGGGAAGCUUCACAGACAAAGAGCGGGCCAGCAUCGCACAUCAACUCAAAGGAAAGCGGGUCUGGAUAGGCAUUAAGAAACUCCUCGUGCUCAUCGAGAUGUCAAUGCAGAUGGAUCCAGAUUACAGAGUGACCAAAUUCUUGUCUCUGCUUAGAGACGAGGGGGCUGAUCGGAGCUUCUAUGAGUAGAGCCAACCAGAGGAGCAAACCAAACACACGACAAUAGACACGCCACCCAGAAAUAAGGAAGAAGAGCAGGAAAAGAAGAGAUCUUCCUCGAAUCCAUCGAUGCAUUUAUCUAUGUAACUACACACCUGGUCCAAGAGAGGAACAAACAGGUUCCUCUAUAACUCGGCAUGUAUCUGUAGGCAAUACCACAGAAUCACUUCCCUCCUACUCGGCAUUCUCAUCAUCAAGUACACAUAUCAGAGUAAAACACUGGAAGUCGUACUGUUAAAAAAUAUUAUCUGUAAAAACAACUAAAACCUGAAAAAAACAAUAGAUCAUUGUAACAAAAAAGUGGUGUUAUGUGAAUUGUGUGUAUAAAAAGAAAAAAAGAAGAUUUAAGAAUUUAAGUCAUCUAUGUUUUUAAGCUAGUCUUUGUUGUAUUUGUUGCAUACCUCUCGUCUGGCUGCAGGUAAUUAUUGUUAUUAUGUGUAUCCUCACAAGCAGUAUCAAACGGAGCACAUGCAAAAAUGCCGAAGCCUUUUGAAUAUCAAGAUGUGAUCACAAAGAGGCUUUUAGUGAAUAUUUAAUAGUAGUUAAAAAAGAUGAUGUUCCAUGUGUAAAUGUAAUCCCUUUAAAUAUAAAGUAUGUUUAUGUUCUGUAAAUAGUAUACAUAGAUAUAACGAAGAUUAUCAUGAACUUAAGACUACUUCAAAAUGUAUCAGUAUCACUCUUCUUCCCUGUUGCUAUGGAGAUGUUGACUUUACCAAAUUAGUGUAAUAGUGAAAGUAAAUGUUGGAUUGAUGGCCGGCCUGUCUGUGUUGUGUACAGUACAGUUCAGUUUAGCUCUUAUAGUUCUGGCAUCAUCAGUGUUAAAAACAAAUCUAUAAAUAUAUCCUGCACUCUGAACAUCCAGACCUUGACUACGUCUCUUGGUGGUCCUUUGUGGGAACUCGUGCGCGUGUGAGUGUGUGCGUGGAGUGUCGAAUGGGAUUGUGCGUGUGCGUUUCAGUCUGUGCAUGUGAAGUGUAGAAAGCUGCUGGUUAAUUUGCUACGUUUGUUUUCUCAUGUCAUGUGUUCAGUGCUUCAAAGUAAAAAGUUCUUGUUCUGUUUGACCAUUGGCAUCGUGAGCGUAUGUGCGUGUGUGAGUGUAAAUAUAUGUCAACAUGCAGAUAUUGCAAUAAAAAAAGAGCACAUAUGCACAGGAAA